AUGCCGAUCGCAGAGAAGAAGAAGCAAUAUGAGCUGGUAGUACAAGACGAUGUUCUUGUACUUUUACAUCCUAUACAUCCACUUAAACUUCAGAUCUCUCGUACAUCAUCCGUUGAUUCGUCACUGGGACUAAAUGUCGAACAUCUCAAGACUUUUCAGCAUGUCCAUGGUCGCCGUAUGGUUUUUGAUGCAAUUUAUGGUGUAUAUUGGCUACUACGGGGACCGUAUUUAGCUGUCGUAACCCAAUCAAAAGUAGUGGCUCGAGGUGUGAAUGAUGUGGAGAUUCGUGUCGUUCAGAAACUCGAAUUAUUGCUCAUCCCGACACAGGAUCUACCAAUUUUAACAUCUCAACAAGAAAUGGAUGAAUGUACGUACAUCAAGAUGCUUACAAAAGAUAUUGCAAUACAACAAUUGCAUUUUUGUACUGAUUUUGAUCUCACUCAUACAUUACAACGAAUUGCAACAUUUAAUGGCAAAAGUGGCAACAUUGCUGAACGUGCCGAUGAUCGUUUUUUUUGGAACAAAGCCGUAUGUUCCAUCUUUCUUGAUCAAAAAUUGUACGAAUGGAUUACACCAAUGGUACAAGCAUAUAUCGAAAUGAGUGAAGUACUUCAAGUUCAAAGUCAUUCAUUUCGUCUUUUGUAUAUCUCUCGACGAUCUUGUAAACGACAAGGAAUGCGAUUUACAAUGCGUGGAAUUGAUCAAGAUGGAAAUGUUGCAAAUUUUGUUGAAAGUGAACAAAUUUUUUUGUUUGCUGAUGGUCGACAAACGUCUUUUGUUCAACUUCGUGGUUCAAUUCCAAUAUUUUGGACUUCUCCUGUUACAAUGAAAUAUGCCCCCAAAGUAUAUCAAUGUGAUGAGUUUGAACAAAAUGUCAUAGCAUUUCAAAAACAUGCUGAUGAAUUAAUGAAAUUCUAUGGUCGUGUUUUGUUUGUGAAUCUUAUUGAAAAGAAAAAAGAACAAUUAAAACUUGGUGAAACGAUGGCAAAAGUUUUAGCAGAAACAGCUUCACGAGAUUCACAUUUACUUGCAAGUGUGCGUCUUGUAUGGUUUGAUUUUCAUUAUGAAUGUCGUCAAAUGAAAUGGAAGAAUUUGGAAAAAUUAAUUAAAAAAGUUGAUGAUGAUUUUCUUGAUCAUGGAUAUUUCUGUAUGAAUGGCAAUGGAGAUAUUGUAAGUAAACAAUCAGGUGUUGUACGUACAAAUUGUAUGGACAAUCUUGAUCGUACAAAUGUCGUGCAGUCACUUUUUGGACGACGGAAUAUAUUACUGCAAUUGAAUGAAUUGGAAGCUUUACAAGGAAAUGUUUUAAUUUCUCCAUUUCACGAGUUUGAAUGUACAUUUAAACGUAUUUGGGGCAAUAAUGGAGAUGCAAUUAGCCGUUUAUAUGCUGGUACGGGAGCAUUGAAAACGGACUUUACACGCACAGGGAUACGUACGAAGAAAGGUGCAUUCUUGGAUGGAUACAAUUCUUGUGUUCGAUAUAUUCGCAAUAACUUUUUUGAUGGAUAUCGACAAGAUGUUUUGGAUCUACUACUCGGACGUUAUACAGUCUCACGUAGUAAACCUUCACCAUUUCAAAUUCAACAUGAAACAAUCGAGUCAAUGGGUUUAAAAGUAUCCGGAAUGAUUUUCAUUUUCUAUCUUGUUGAAACAAGUCGAAAUGGUGCUUCAAACUCGAGUUUUGAUCGUUUGUUUCGAUCAAUUUUACUUACAUUGGUCUUAUGUUGUUGUGGAUUCAUUUUUCUUUUGAAAAAAGGAAAUGCAGUUGGUAAGAAAUUGGUGCGACAUCCAACAUUUUGUCCUCAAGAUGGAUGUAUGACUACAUGGAAACGUUAA